ACUUUAUUCAGUUGACAGCAAGUAGGAGGGCUCUAUGGCAGGGGAAAAAAAGACAACACGAGAAAAAUUAGUAUUUUCUACCUUCAGAAAUUAAUGGCCAUGAGUUCGUAUAUGGUGAACUCUAAGUAUGUGGAUCCCAAAUUUCCUCCUUGCGAGGAAUAUUUGCAGAAUAGCUACCUAGGCGAGCAGGGGGCCGAGUACUACAGUGCCUCGCAGGGCUCUGAUUUCCAGCACCAGGGACUCUAUCCACGGUCAAACUACAGCGAGCAGCCCUUUAGCUGUAGCAAUGCCCAAGGCUCUGCCGUGCAGCCGCGGGGUCAUGGACAGGAGCAAUCCGGCCCAGCGAGCCACUUCCCCGGCCAAGCAGAGCAUUGUCCACCGCCUCCAAUGCCCAACUCGCGAGCCUGCAGCCAGCAGCCGGCCCUCAAACCCCCAAACGGGUCAGCACUUAAGCAGCCAGCAGUAGUUUACCCCUGGAUGAAGAAAGUCCAUGUUAACUCGGUGAAUCCCAAUUACAACGGAGGGGAACCUAAACGCUCCCGCACAGCUUACACCAGACAGCAAGUCCUAGAACUGGAAAAAGAAUUUCAUUUUAACAGGUACCUGACCAGGCGCCGCCGUAUCGAGAUAGCCCACACUUUGUGUCUCUCUGAGCGCCAGAUCAAGAUCUGGUUUCAGAACAGAAGAAUGAAGUGGAAAAAAGAUCACAAACUGCCCAACACGAAGGGCAGGUCGUCUUCCUCUGGUUCAAACCCCCAUUUACAGACUGGUUCCAAGGACCAUCAGACUGACUUGACAACUUUGUAGAAGAGGUGAAAUUUUCCAUUUCAUCCUUCGCUUCUGACCAGUACUGUACAUAACUGACAAUGCCCAAGCAGAACCUGCAUGUAGCAGCUAAGGACUCGAGAAACUGUCAUCUUUCUUUAAGGUACUGUUGUACAAAGGAGACAAAAUGACGCUACUUUGGACUUUAUUUUAUUUGCCUCUGCUAGCACAACCUAAAAAAGGAAAAAAAAAAAAAGGGGGAAAGAAAAAAAAAAAAAAGAAACAUCAUGCAGGCAGUGGGAAUUGGGAAAAUAUUAAACGAGACCUUCUGUCCAUAAAAAGUAAUAAAUCAUUGAAAAUGAAACUGUCCUGUGUUUCAGUUUUGAAUUCGAAAGUGAAGGUUUGAUGCUUUAUUCUGGGAUUUUUACUUUUAACUGUCUUUUUAUCCCAUGCAAUUUCGGGAGGAUGCAUUUGGGCAAGUUGAGGACAGGAAAUUUGUAGCAUAGUCUUUUAUUUGAACAUGAAGACUAGUAAUUGUGAACUUUUUGUGCUGCUUUACCUUUCUUGGUGUAAUGAAAAUACUUGCUCAUUUCCAUAACGUCUCAGAAGAUGUGUAUAGGAAUUAAGUGAAAACGGGUUAUUUUAUGUACUGAUAGUGUUAGCGUAUUUAUUUAUUUGUUAUGUAGAAGAGUG